GCAACCGUAAGCAUUCACUUGAGCCAUUGCGACUAUUCCUUCUUUCGUAAUUCCUUCCACCACCAACCAGUUUGUUGCUGAGCUCUAAAAACGGAUGCCUACCAUGCUGGGGCUGCGAAGUAGCACGCUGCCCCAGUCAGGGCGCUGUGUAGGCGCUCCGGUGGUUUCCGGUCCACGCAGCCUCGUCGUCACCUCCGCGGUGAAGCAUGCGGGUGGCGAGGCCGUGCGCCACAGCGAUUCACGAUAUGAGCCGUGUGAACCAUCCAGCUCCAGCAGCCUGGCAGAUUUUGGGACUCGGGUGACGCUGGAGCGGCUCUACUGCGCAACAAACGGGAUGGACGUGGCCCAGCCUCUCCUCCUUGGCGUCACCGUGGACGACCGGCCACAGCGCACACGCAACCAGGACCGAGAGAAGGAUCCAGACUACUUUGCCAACGUCGGCGACGCAAUCCGGAGCCUUCGCGAGGAUAUCCCGAUGCUGUUUCAGCGCGAGCUCAACUACUCCAUCUACCGCGAGGACAUUGUGUUUCGGGACCCUCGGAACACGGUGAAGGGCAUGAAGAACUACCAACUGAUCUUCUGGUCGCUGCGGUUCCACGGCAAACUCUUCUUCAACAAGCUGUACGUGGACGUGAAGCGCAUCUGGCAGCCGGAGGACAGCGUUAUCAAGAUGCGGUGGACGGUGCACGGCAUCCCGCGCGUGCCGUGGGAGGCGGAGGGCACGUUCGAUGGCAUCUCCACCUACCGCCUGGACAGCCACGGCCGCAUCUACGAGCACUGCGUGGACAACGUGCUGCUACGUGACCCGCCCAUGGCGACCAACCCGCCGCUUCUGGCGGGGCUAAACCUGCAGCCGCUGGUGCCGCAGCAGCCCGUGCCAGGCGCGUGGUGCCAGGGCGUGUCCCCGGAGGAGCAGUGGUCCACCUACGUGCAGCGCAUGGUGGCGACCGCGCUGCACAGCUUCGACCAGGAGCCGGACAUGCAGAUGCAGCUGCAGAUGCAGCUCCAGAUGCAGGAGCCGGCGAUGGCGGGGGGCGGGAUGUCGAGCAGCAGCCGGCACCCCGCCCGGCAUGGCCUGCUGGGGCUUAGCGCUGGGCAGUGCGGCUCGACGGCAGACGCGGGCAGCAGUGGGCAUGGCGCCAGCAGCAGCGGAGCCAGCAGCAGCAGCGGGGCUUCCAGCAAAGCGGGAGGCGCUGCGGCGGGAAGCGCUGCGCGCCGGUGAGCGGUGUGCUGCGGCGACGCGCUGGCUUGCUGGCUUCUCUGGGCUCAAGGCUUCUGCGGCCGCGGGCACAGCAUGGCACAGCACGCCACAUCACGUCGUGUUUGAUGUGGACCGUGGACCUGACUGUGUGCCGGAGUGAAGCUGAGGCGGUGAUGGAACGGCAUGUACCGGGAGCUACGCUGGUUAGUGUGGAGGUUCUACUCAGAUAAGCAGGGAUGAGGCGCUGCAGAUUGACGACUGUACCUACCGGGAGCGGGAAGAGGUGCAGGAAAUGUUGCUGCACUUUUGGCGCGGCACAGGUCUUGCAGCGGAGGCCCUGGUUGGGCCGGGCGCCUGCGGGCUGUUUGCUGAGGCUGCUGAGACCGCGGUGGUUUGGCUAGGGGCUGACGAAGUGGCGGACCGGCCCUCUGCUCCAGACAUGGAACACAAUGGUGCACAAGAUGUUUGUAGCGUGUUUGGGUGAGCCAUUGCUUGUUGCGUGUCAGGCUAUUGUUUUGUGUUGUUGAUCACGCUUCUUCCCGCGAGGGGAUGCUGUAUUUUAUGUCGCAAGGGGUAUGCGUCGUGAAACCGUCAGAUUAUUGGAGAGCAUGCACAACUUGAGCAACAGACUCAGGAAAUCGCACGCCAGUUGCCAGAUAUCGUUUUGCGCAUGGUGUGCUCGCCGCUGCCCGGGGCACCGGUAUUGGCAUCCGCUGUUGGCCAAUAACUACGAUGGUAGGAGGGCCAGGAACAAUGGAAUGCAGGAACACUGGCCGCUAUUAUUCUUAGCAAACUAGUGACUGUGUGCGCGGAGUUGUGGUUGGGUGAGUAGAGGGGUUGCGUGACGUUAAUAACGAGCGCGCUCUGGCACGUCGUGCUUCCUGCAAGGGUGGCGAGAGUGGUAUAUGAGAGAGUGCGAGAGAGGGGCAGCCGCGGUACAGCCCGGACUGCAACUAGAAGAACCGCAAUGUAACAACAUAUCUAG